AUGCUGACCCCCGCGUUCGACCUCAGCCAGGACCCCGACUUUCUCACCGUUGCCAUCCGCGUGCCCUACGCUCGGGUCUCGGAGUUUGAUGUUUAUUUCGAGGGAGUCGACUUUAAGUUCUAUGCCAAGCCCUAUUUUCUGAGAUUAACCCUUCCUGGAAGAAUUGUUGAAAAUGGAAGUGAGCAAGGAUCCUAUGAUGCAGAUAAAGGAAUUUUCACCAUUCGGUUGCCCAAAGAGACUCCUGGUCAACAUUUUGAGGGGCUGAACAUGCUGACUGCUCUCCUUGCACCCAGAAAAUCUAGGAAUGCGAAGCCACUUGUGGAAGAAAUAGGUGCUUCUGAGGUUUCUGAGGAAGGACUAGAAGAGGAUGAAGAAUUUGAUUGGGAAAUUGAGCAGUCCCCCUAUGAGGAGGUAUCAGAAGGCGCGUUGAAUCUGCAGUGCCACUAUGGAUUUGGCAACCUACGGUCAGGCGUGUUUCAGCGGCUACAGGAUGAACUGAGUGAAGUUAUUGAUGUUAAGGAUCCCGAUUCUGUUCCUGCUGCUGAACGCAGACAGAGACGCCUGGCUGCUGAGCUGGCCAAAUUUGAUCCUGAUCAUUACCUAGCUGACCUUUUUGAAGAUGAGGCAAUUGAGCAGGUUUUGAAAUAUAAACCUUGGUGGAUUGAUACAUAUUCAAAAAUGAUGGCUUCUUUGGGAAAGAACCAGGAGCAAGAAACACGCGCUGUAUUAGUAUCCUUUUCUGAUGAUGAGAAAUACCAGCUGCGAAAAUUUGUCAAUAAAUCGUAUCUGCUGGAUAAGCAAGCCCAUCGUCAAGUGUAUUACAGUUUGAUUGACAUCCUUCUGGCCUAUUGCUAUGAAACUCAAGUCACCGAGGGAGAGAAGAAUGUUGAAUCUGCAUGGAAUAUCAGAAAAUUGAGUCCAACAUUGUGCUGGUUCGAGACAUAUACUAACGUUCAGGAAAUCCUGGUGUCCUUUGGAAGGAGAGUUUUGUGCUACCCACUUUAUCGCCAUUUCAAGCUUGUGUUGAGAGCCUACAGAGAUGCUGUAAAGAUACUACAACUAGGUAAAAGUGCAGUUUUAAAGUGUCUCCUGGAUAUUCAUAAAAUUUUUCAGGAAAACGACCCAGCUUACAUUCUAAAUGAUCUCUACAUCUCAGACUACUGUGUGUGGAUUCAGAAAGCCAAGUCCAGAAAAUUGGCAUCCCUUGCAGAAGCCUUAAAGAAGCAAUCCCUUACCAAGGCCCAGCUGGGAUUAGAACUGGAGGAGCUGGAAGCAGCAGCCCUUCUGGUUCAGGAGGAAGAGGCUGCAUUACAAGCAGCCUCCUCUGUCUCCGGGCAGCAGACACCUCGCUCCAGUCCUGAGGCAAGUGAUUCGGAGGAAUCAGACAGGACCUCAUCCUCCGGAACUCAAGACUCAGAUUCAGAACAAGACGACCUCCAAGAGAAUGAAUCCAAGACAGUAGGUUCUUUGCAGAGUCCCCUUCUUGAAGAGAGCAGUGCCAGGCUCACUGAUGAUGAUGAUGGGAUUUGCAGAAGCAUGGCCCUCUUGAUGUCUGGGACUUGUCAGGGGAAACCACUUGCCCCUUCUAAUGCUCCGGGAGUGGCUGGGCCUCUCAUAGAGGAGCUUGGAGAACAACUGAAAACAACAGUCCAGCUUUCCAAACCUGAGGGCUCAGCUUCUGGAAUCCACAGCAGUGUGCAGGACAGAGAAGACCGGCAGACGCCAAGUAAUGAACUCCCGGGAGCUCUGGUGGCAUAG